CCUUCUGGACUCCUCUCUCUGGAGCCUCGUCCCCUCGACAACCCACAAUCCACCCCACCCCACCGGACCCCGAGUCAGUCAACAACCUCACGACACGACUCGGAAACCAUGCGCGCGGCACUCCGAUUGCUCGCGACCGCGACGGGUACCGUCCGCCCGUCCGCCCGCUUCCUCAAGCCCGGCUCCCCGACCGGCCUCACCGGCCUCGGCACCCACCCGUCGCCGCGCUCCGCCCUGCUGUACCUCUACAACCACACCCUCGACAAGCUCAAGCAGAUCCCCGAGCACUCGCUGUACCGCCAGUCCGCCGAGGCCCUGACCAAGCACCGCCUCGCCAUCGUCGAGCAGUACGUGCCCGACGGCUACGACGCCUGGCAGGAGCGCGCCCGCAAGCUGCUCGAGAAGCACAAGAGCGACCUCACGGCCCGCCAGUUCGACGGCCAACAUGCCCGCCUCGUCGAAGGCCCCGACGGCCGCGCUUACUUCAUCCGCCAGAUGGUCACCCCGCAGGACUGGCGCGACGUCGAGUGGGAUGGUGCCGUCCUGGAUCCGCACUUUUCCUGGGUUCAGACCGGCGAGGAUGUCGUCGGCGCGGUCAAGCUGGAAGACAGUGACAAGCUGCUCGAGCUGGACAAGAUCAGGGAAUCAGACCCGGUUGCGUAUCGCCAGGGUCUCAGGGAUCUCGGUAUCAAGAUGGGCGGUGUUGUCGAGGACAAGAGCCCCGUCGAGUGGGAGUCGGAGCCACCGUUGAGCGCUGAACAGAUUGCUGAGAUGGAGGCCAGGAUUGGUUCUGGCUUGAUUGAGGAGGUUGUUCAGGUUGCCGAAGGCGAGCUUAAGCUGGUUGACAUUAUGACCCAGGCCAGGCCUUGGGAAGCUCUUGAGGAGGAGGCGCCAGAGGGCCAAUGGACUUACUUUGAGCGUAAGGAGUAAACAAACAUCGACAGACAUAGAGAAUGGGAACACAGGACCAACCAGGCCAUGACGGCCACCUAUUUUAUGAGCGUUACGAAGAAGGAGGGCAUUUUCCAGCCAGUUGUACCUAUACCAUACCACGCCGGGAGAUGUUUAUAAUCAUAGACUUUGGCAGGCGUGAAUGAACAUGCCCUCCUCAGGUGUUGUGGGCUUUACACUAAGGUAGUAGGUCUACCUUUAAAAACUAUGUGAC